CACACCAAAGACCAAGAUAUCUAACAUAAACUUCCGGUGCAUUGACAGACACGUGCAGUACUUGAAAACAAAACCAGACAUGGCUAAGAGCAUCAGAAGCAAGCGGAAACGGAUGUUGAGAAACAUCAAGAGAGAGAGGUAUGCCAAAAAGGAACUGGAGAAGUUGAAGGAAAUCGUGGCAUUAGCUGAAAAAGAUAAAGAUACGGAAAUGAAAGACCUGUAUACAGUGACAAAACCCCUGGGAAGCAAAGACGACGCAGCAGCUGAACCCUCAGGUGAUGGUAUGGAAGUGGACUCUAAAGCUAGAGAUUCCAAAACUCUGCGUGAUGAGAACGGACAUUAUCCAGUGUGGAUGAAUUCACGACGCGUCAAAAAACACAAGAAAAGACUGCAGGCCAUCUCCAAGAAAAAAGAAAAGAAGCAGAAGGCCAAAAAGAAGUGAAGAUCCUAACAAGAUUGUAUAUUGUGUUUGUAAAUAGGGACAGAAUUCUUUGAGUGAAUGUAAUUGAAUGUAUUUUUUUAGUGGCAAUUAUUACCGGUACAUUGUAAUAUUUUUUCUUCAAAAAUUGAUUUUUUUAACCUAUUUCACUGGGAAGAGGGGGCAAUUUGAGGAGUGAUGUAGGACUUGGACUCUCUUAGCUAAGGUGUGGGCAAUUUGAGGGUGAUGUGGUGGGACUUUGACAAUAAAAUGCUUCCCUUGGUUGUAAAGCAUUGGAAUUAAUAUUGCAAGUGUUGGAAAAUACACAACCCACCAAAUUGUCUGCAGUAUAACUGUGAUUCUGGUGAAUUCCUAUACUUACAAAGAAAGAAUUUCAUCAUUAAUUGUGUAUUUAUGUCCAUGUAGAAAACCAUAUAAAGUACAUUCAUAUAUGUAAGUGUGUUAGAUAUUGGAUUAUUGAAGAUAUGUACUUUGUCAUUUGUGUACUGAUUGAAAGCUCAUCACUAAAGAAAUCGACACAGGUAGCUUGAAAAACUGCUUACUAUAGAUUAAGCAUUUACAGUUUGAUAAAUGACUUGUAAAUAUUUUCUUCAGAAAUAAAGAUAAUAUCUGGUAGAUGUAAA